AUGGUGAUCGGAAAUGAUGAUGAUGAAUUGAUGACGAAGAAAAUAAUAUAAUGGAGUAAAACAAAACCGGGAAUUACGAUCAACAUUCAACUUGAACAUCAUUCGUUUCCCUUGUCCACUCUGUGAACAUAUCUCUCUCUCACUUCCCAGUAAUUCAUGUUGCCAUAAUCAAGUUUAACAUAAGCAAUGAGUAUAGAAUUGUUGGGUAUUCAUCCUCGUGAACUUUGCUUCACUGUUGAACCAAAGAAACAAAGUUCAUGCUCUAUUCAACUUACAAAUAAAUCAGACGAGCAUGUUGUUGCUUUCAAGGUAAAAACGACAUCUCCCAAGAAAUAUUGUGUUCGACCUAAUGUUGGCAUCAUUAGCCCAAAUGGAAAAUGUGAAUUCACAGUUAUUAUGCAAGUUCAGCGUGCGGCGCCACUUGACUUGCAGUGUAAAGAUAAAUUUUUGAUUCAAAGCACUGUUGUUCCAAGUGGGACUGUAGAAGAAGACAUUACUCCUGGCAUGUUCGCUAAAGAUUCUGGGAAAUAUAUUGAAGAGAGAAAGUUAAGAGUGAUUCUUGUUUGCUUAUCUCAGUCCCCUAUUCUUGCACCUGUUAAUGGAGUUGCAAGUCAAGAUCUACCUUUCGAUAUCCCACAAAACAAUAAAAUCUCCUCUGGGGUUGAAAAUCUCCCCCCAUUGCAAAAGGAACCAAAAGGGUUAAAAGUUGCAAGACCUAUUGAAGACUCAAGGUUAAAAGAUGAUGCAGAAACCAUAUUGAAUGAUAGUGAAAAGGUGUUACCAAUAGCUGAAAGUAUUGAAUACAGGUCAGUAAAAGGCGAAGAGGAGAUAAAGUUGCCUAAAAAUGAGAUAGAAGAUGAAUUAAAGAAAGAAUCCGAGGAACUGAAAUCAAAACUUGAUGUUCUGGGAUUAAAGUUAGUUGAGGCAGAGCAAACUGUUGUGAAGCUAAAUGAAGAAAGAAUGAAGGCUGUGCAAGAGAAUGAUUUGGUCAAGCGUGAACUAGCAUUGAUGAAACGGAAAAUUGGUGGAAAGACGGUUCAUAUGGGUUUUCCUUUGUUGUAUAUUUGUAUGGUGGCACUUAUCUCUCUGGCAGUGGGAUAUCUGAUGCAAUAGGUGGCUGGAAUUUAUGGUCAGCUGUAAUGGCUUUGUUCUGGUACUGUCGGUGUCUGAUCGAUAUUUUUUCUUGUUCUUGCUAAAAGGUGGAGUUCAAUGGUAUAUAGUGAGUGACGAUAACGAUUAAGAAAAGUGAAUUGAGGGAUUGAAGUUCUAUUGCUUGGAGAAAGAGAAUUGCGGUUUAUGUGAUUUGUCUCGAUGAAAAGAUAGUGUAAUUUACAUAAUUGGUGGGUUAUGUUUACAUAGGCAUAAGUUCUAUUCUAAGAUUGUACCUUUUUUGUUCCAUUGAGUGUACAUUUGUUAUACCUUUAUUUUUUAAAAUUCCGACAUUUUAAGUUUGCUACAUAUGAUUAAUUUUUUUGAUUAAAUGUAAUAAGCUUAGACACAAUUGGAGCAGCUUGUUAUUAUCGAGUAUGUUUUAUUGUG